GUGUCUGAGAAGUUUAUCCAACCAUUUUCUAACUACUGGUUUCCACUCAGUCAGGAAUCACACACAGCCAUACUCUGUGACUGAGGUUGGUUAACUGCUAGACAAAUAUUCCAACCCUGGAGAUGUGAGUUACCCAUUGAGUCCCCAUGGAAAAUCUGAAUGAAGACCGAUCUUUUAAAAUUUAAAUGAUUUUACCAUAAUGUGUGUCUGUUUUUGUAUAUGUGCUGUGUGAUACUUUUGCAUUUGGUUUACAAGCAAGCUGUUUACAUUGUUGCAUUGCUACUCCAUCUUCACCCUAAGAUGUGAAAAACUUAAAAUGUUCGGAGCGCCCAGACUAGAAAACCAUGUUUUAAUAAGUAUACCACUCCCUAUUUAUUUGCGCAUCGCCGACAUUCCUCCCCCCUCACGGGAAGCCCGAAUAGUGACCGUCCCCUUUAAGAAGGAGGUACGCAGCCCGUCAACGUGACUUGUUAGGAAGUGGCCAAAUCAAGUCCGAUGUUUGUCCCUAGUUACUGCUACUUUAUUUAGCCACUUACGGAACGUGAAAGAAAUAUCGUUGGCAAAAAUUUGGUGCAUUUAAAUACGCCGAAGUAUGUCCAGCUCCAGUCCAGCGUGCUACUCUUGACAACUUACUUCCUAAAUACGAUCAGUGACCCCAAUGGCCUGAUUGUCUCAGGCGCAAAUAUUCACGAUGCAUCUCAAAGGACUCACUGAGGAAUGCCACCUGGUUAUGCGCUUGAAUGAGAGCCAGCGGUGUUUUUUCAUCCGGAAUACUCCUGACUGCAACCAGGAUGGUGGUUUUUUAAACUAUUUGGAGACAGCAUUCUGCCUCUUUCCAACCAACCUCCUUCCAUUAGCGAUCUUCUUCUAUGUUCUAUGGCUUCUCUUCUUGUUUAUUGUCCUUGGGCUCACAGCAUCUAAGUUCUUCUGCCCCAACCUAUCUGCCAUAUCUGCUACCUUGAAGCUGACCCAUAAUGUCGCUGGUGUGACGUUUUUGGCUUUGGGCAAUGGGGCUCCGGAUGUAUUCAGUGCUAUGGCAGCCUUUUCUCGCCCCCAAACUGCUGGAUUGGCCAUUGGGGCAUUGUUUGGAGCAGGGAUCUUCGUCACCACCAUCGUUGCUGGUAGCGUGUCCCUUGUCAAGCCCUUUACGGUAGCUUCCCGUCCCUUUCUGCGGGACAUCAUCUUUUACAUGGCCGCUGUCUUCUGGACUUUCCUUAUCCUCUACAAGGGUCAGAUUCAUCUGGGGGAAGUGCUAGGUUACUUGUGCUUGUAUGUGGGAUACGUUCUGACAGUUAUCAUCAGUGCUUACAUCUAUAACCGACAGAAACACUUCAUCAACGGACCAUUACAGAAUGGCUCUAACCAUGUCCCAGAUCUGCAGUCUGACACUGAUGAGAGCUCAUCCCUGCCAAACUCUGGUAUUCAGGACUAUGAGUACCAGCCCCUGCUUACUUGCACGGAAUCCACUAGCCAAAUUUUCCUCAAAUCCCUUAACCCAGUAGACAUCAGAAAGUGGAGGAGAAAGCCCUGGUACUGGAGAGCCUUUAAGGUGAUAAAGGUGCCAAUAGAAGUGAUUCUGUUGCUGUCUGUGCCUGUUGUGGACCCAGACAAGGAAGACCGCAACUGGAAACGACCCCUUAACUGCUUGCAUCUUAUUACGGGCCCUCUGAUUUGUGUGCUCACCUUCCAGUCGGGAGAGUAUGGGUUGUUGUAUAUUCAAGGGGGCUUCCCAGUCUGGGCAUUGACUCUUCUCAUCGGCCUCUUCUUGUGUGCCAUCAUCUUCUGGAGCACAACCAAUUACCAGCCCCCCAGAUUCCACUUUCUUUUCUCUCUGCUGGGUUUCCUGGUCAGUGCGAUGUGGAUGAACACAGCCGCAACAGAGGUCGUGAGCCUAUUAAGGACAUUGGGUGUGGUUUUCAGCCUUAGCAACACAGUACUGGGCCUCACCCUGCUGGCCUGGGGCAAUAGCAUUGGAGAUUGCUUCUCAGACAUCACAAUUGCACGCCAGGGGUAUCCACGUAUGGCCAUCUCUGCCUGUUUUGGGGGAAUUAUCUUUAACAUGGUUUUUGGUGUUGGGCUUGGCUGCCUGCUGCAGAUGAUCGCACACGAUAACAUGGUAAAACUCCAGCCAGAAGGGUUACUGGUCUGGGUACUAGCAGUGGCCCUGGGCUGCAGCCUGGCAUUCUCCUUCAUUCUAGUGCCACUGCAGUGCUUUCACCUAGGCCGUCCAUAUGGAGCCUUUCUUCUGCUCUUCUAUGCUGUCUUCCUGUUGGUGGCACUGCUUACAGAGUUUGGAAAAAUUACAGUGGGGUGAUAACUGCAUUCACUGAGAAAUGAAGUGGAAGUGGCCAUUUUGCUCAUCAGCUGAUUAUUUUUGUACAACUUCUCUGUUGUCUCAAGUUAAGGUCAGGGACAUUGUAUUCUGCAUAGCCCAGUAUGUUUUGAGAGUCCCUCACUAAAACUUAGUUGAUACAAUUUUAUUAUAUAAUAACUAGAAAAGAAAAUAUUUAAUAAUUUUAAUUGGUUGGCCCAGCUUUAAAGACCUCCUAUGAGACCCCAUCUUGACAAACUUUAUCUUGGGUGACCCCCUACUCCACACUUGGAAAGUUUCAUUUUUGGGGAAUCAGUGUUACAAUGGUUUGUGUGUUCUGUUCACAUUUAAGAGAGUGCCAAAAUUAUUGUGACUAUUUAUCAAAAGUGACUUGACUUUGUGUGCUUCUGUGGUUGGGGGUUGGGCUACUGUAUUAUUAUCAUUUAUCCAAAUGUUUUUAAAUUAAAAUGUUGAAUAUUAUAUAUUUUUAUAUCAUCCAGCCCUAAAAAAGAAUAUUGCAAUUUUCUUGCUGAAUAUAAAAUUCAGAUGCUCAGGGACAUGUGUACCUUUUUUUAUAAGAUGUAAAACAUUUCUUUGUUAACAUCCUGUUAACUUCGCUCUGCUGUUCUGGCUUUUUGUUCUUGCAUUAAAGUUAGAUAGCCCUACCGUAGAACCUCAGAAAAGCUAUAUAUUUUCACAUUAUAUGUAAAUGUAAUCUCAUCAAAUGUCUCAAUAUCUCAGCAUUCCUCAAUAAUCAAAGCAGUAGCAGUGGUAAUACAAUCCUGGGUAGAGUCUGUCCCAAGCAGAACAGGCCAUGAGGCUGGAGCACCCUUUGGACCAGAUGCUGGUCUAUCGCAGAGCACAUACACGUGAUCAUGGCCAAUUUAGACACCAGCUAGCCUGACUUUGCACUGUAGGGGGAACCCUGAGAAAAACAGGGAGCGCAUGCAAACUUCACACACAGACAGCAGAGGUGCGGCCCACUGAGGUACCAUGCUGAAAUAUGAGGGUCUUUUAGGAAGGCUUCACUGGGUCUAAAGUGGUUUGUGCUGCAGAUGUUUUGCUUUUUCUAGUUUCAUGAACAAUAUGACGCUAAAGUAUGGGUUGAUGGUAAGGUCUGAACACAAGUUUUCAGCUUAUACUUACUAAUAAACUCAUUUCCCAAGUGUGUGUUUCUGCUCUAGGAAGAAUCCAGUACCCAUUUUUUUUAAUAUUUCAUUUGGUUAACAAGUCAUUUAGCCAAAUCAUUUGUGUUACAGAAAUACAAGAAACAUUUCUGAAUAAUUAAACACUUUAACUUGAAUAUGAAUACACCAAGUCUUGUGCUUUGUACAGUUUGUAAUAGGCUCUGGCCUUCUACAUGGCCUUACCAAGAUAAGUGAUUAGAAGUGGGAUGAAUAUUUGUUACAGUAACACAGAUGAGGGAAUGCUGAAUGUCUAGGGUUUUAGUACUGUAUAACUGCAUUGUGUGCACACACUUGUCCUAUGCUGUACUUGUUUUGGUUUUUUGUGAGUAUGAAUAUUAUCAAAAUUAAACUGCCAUCACUGAUGAUUUAUAUAAAA